UGCUUCAGGCCACCGGUAGACUGCGUGACUUUUUACCUUGUCUUUAAAGCUGAACAGAGCUACAAUGGAUCCGACAGCAAGCGAUACCGCGACCACGAACGGACAUAGUCCAAUGGAGAACGGUCAUACAGGAGGCACCAAUGGGCUCACAGGAGAUGCCAACGGACACACUGAUGCCAACGGCGACGGCGUGGAGCAGGUCAGCAUGGAGUACCUGAUUCUGAUGGCGUACGCGCAGCGCAGACGACCCUCCGACAAACGCCUGCAGCGCCAGACCAGCGUUGCCACGCCAACCACGCCCCCUGGCGAUGAUGAGGCGAGGUCGCCCCCGGCAACCAAGGAGAAGAAGAAGGGAUGGAGGAAGCUGAGGAGGAGGAUACUGUCCUGCGUUCACCCCAAGACCUCAGACACACACACACACGGCCCCGCACACGACAUCGCACCCGCCGCGCUAGAACCACCUACAGAUGAACAGAAGGCAGAGGAGGUAGCUGAUAGGCUGACGGCUUUGGCCCCUCCCACGCUGUUACCUGGGGACCUCGAGACAGACAACGAUGGUGAUGAUGUCAUCCAGAACCUCGUGAAGCUGCUUCGGGAGUCGGGAGACGAGCUGAACAAAAAGAUCCAGGCCAACCCAGCCUUGGUGCAGCAGUUGCAGCAGAAUUUCAGCUACGGGUUGUUCCGGAACGUGGUGUCGUCUUUCCUGGCGAGGCUGAACCUCUCCUCUCUGCCCUCCGGAGAGACGCAGGAACAGGCCAAGAUCCGCUCCACAUGCGAGGUGGUGACUCGUCUCAGCACUCUGGAUACCCACCCAGUGAGCAAGACUAUGGGUUACGGGGAACGCUACCUGAAGGACUACUUCUCCCCCUGGGUCCAGAAGCAAGGCGGAUGGACCGAAGUCUUCCCCUCGGACGAGAGGGACGGCCAGGAGGAGGAGGAGGAGGAGGAGGAGGUCCAAUGAGCUUUCAGGAAGAUGGAAAGACUCAUUUCUUUUGGUCCAGGCAUUACUGUACAGCCGCAUUAAAAUGCUUCUGAUUGGUUGAUCGCAGGACUCUCCAUAGCGCUUUACUUCCUGAAGACAUUCUGAUUGGCUAAUCUCAGGGCUACCUACAGCACAUCACUU